AUGUCUACACGGUUGCUUUCGAAGCUCUCGAGAGCCGAACCAUCAGCACUGAGAGCUUCCGCAGCCAUUGCACGAUGCCAGACAACUCCUCGAAUAUCUGGACACCGUACCACCUUGUAUAGCAGAUCCAUUGCCCCAAAUUACCCUUUUCUAAUCGGCAACUCACAAGUCACCUUUGCCCGAUGCUACGCAAACGGACGACCUCAUCCGCCUGGCGGGACACACCGUAUGAAUUUUGGCGGAGAACCCGAAAAGCCUGCCCUCGAAGAAUUCGGUGUUGAUCUCACUGCGCGAGCAAGAGAUGGGAAGCUUGAUCCGGUAAUCGGACGCGACGCAGAGAUUCACAGGACGAUUCAGAUACUGUCACGUAGGACCAAGAACAACCCGGUUUUGAUUGGAGCGGCGGGAACGGGGAAAACGGCUGUUCUAGAGGGACUGGCCCAACGAAUUGUUCAGGGUGACGUACCAGAGAGCAUAAAGAACAAAAAGGUAAUCACGCUCGACCUCGGUCAGCUCAUUGCCGGCGCAAAAUUUCGUGGAGACUUCGAAGAGAGAUUGAAGAAAGUGUUGAAAGAAGUAACCGAAGCCCAAGGCGGUAUCAUAUUAUUUGUGGAUGAAUUGCAUACCUUGCUUGGCCUGGGAAAAGCCGAAGGUAGCAUUGACGCCAGUAAUCUUCUCAAACCUGCCCUAUCAAGAGGCGAGCUGCAAUGUUGUGGUGCUACUACGCUUAACGAAUAUCGACAGAUUGAAAAGGAUGUGGCGCUUGCGCGGCGAUUUCAGCCCAUUCUAGUCGACGAACCUUCAGUACCUGAUACUAUUUCUAUCUUGCGAGGCAUUAAAGACCGUUACGAAGUCCACCAUGGUGUGCGGAUUACGGAUGGCGCCCUAGUCGCCGCUGCUACCUACAGCAAUAGAUACAUAACGGACCGCUUUUUACCUGACAAAGCAAUUGAUUUGGUUGAUGAGGCUGCUUCUGCAUUACGCCUCCAACAGGAAUCUAAACCCGAUGCUAUUCUGAAGCUAGACAGAGAAAUCAUGACCAUCCAGAUCGAGCUCGAAUCGCUCCGAAAAGAGACAGAUAUUGCCAGCAAGGAACGUCGAGAGAAUCUUGAAACACUGCUGAAAGGUAAACAAGAAGAAGUCGGCAAGCUGAAUGAGGUUUGGGAAAAGGAGCGUGCUCAGAUUGAUGAAAUCAAAAAGACGAAAGAAGAACUUGAACGUGCUAGACUUGAUCUCGAACAGGCACAACGAGAAGGAAAUUUUGCGAGGGCUGGUGAAUUAAGAUACUCUAUUAUCCCAGGACUCGAGUUAAAACUCCCGCAAGAAGGUGCCACGAUCUCAGCAACUGAUGGUCAGAGUCUUAUUCAUGAUUCUGUCACUGCUGAUGAUAUUGCAGGCGUGGUAUCUCGGACCACUGGCAUUCCUGUCAACAAGCUCAUGGCUGGGGAAGUUGAAAAAUUGAUCCAUAUGGAAGACACUCUACGGAAAUCCGUGCGUGGUCAGGAUGAAGCUCUGGCAUCCGUUGCCAAUGCUGUAAGAAUGCAAAGAGCAGGUCUCAGUGGUGAAAACCGCCCAUUGGCCUCGUUUAUGUUCCUUGGACCAACCGGUGUUGGAAAGACUGAGCUCUGCAAGAAAAUGGCAGAAUUCUUAUUCUCUACUGAAACAGCCGUCGUAAGGUUCGAUAUGAGCGAAUUUCAAGAAAAACAUACGAUUAGCCGCUUAAUUGGGUCGCCAGCUGGCUACGUUGGCUAUGAAGAUGCUGGACAGUUAACAGAAGCAGUGAGGAGGAAGCCUUAUGCUGUACUGCUCUUUGACGAAUUCGAAAAAGCCCACCGCGAUAUAUCUUCCCUACUUCUACAAGUGUUGGAUGAGGGAUUCCUUACGGACGCUCAAGGCCACAAGAUCGAUUUUCGAAACACGUUAAUCGUAUUAACUUCAAAUCUAGGCGCUGAUAUUCUCGUGGCGGCAGACCCCGCGAGUGGAGAUGAGAUCUCACAAGAGAUCAGAGCCGCCGUUAUGGCAACCGUCCAGUCGUCAUAUGCGCCGGAGUUCCUAAAUCGGAUAGACGAGUUUAUUAUAUUCAAGAGACUCUCCCGUCAGGCUCUUAGGGAUAUAGUUGACAUAAGACUUCGAGAAUUGCAAGGCCGACUGGAUGAUCGACGAAUUGCUUUGAAAGCAAAUGACGAAGUCAAAGACUGGCUCUGUAGCAGAGGGUAUGACCCAAGGUACGGAGCGAGGCCUCUUAAUCGUUUGAUUUCUAGAGAAAUCGGGAAUCACCUAGCAGACAAACUCAUUCGUGGGGAAGUUACAUCCGGCCAGACAGCAUACGUUACUAUGAAUGAUAGCAAAACCGGGCUUGAUAUUACAACAAACCUUCCAAUAACUGAAUAA